CUUCUUCAACGACUCUCACGUCAGCCAGGAGCUAGGGUUUCUGCAACUUCACAGCAGCCAUGGGCAAGGGAACUGGGAGCUUUGGAAAGAGGAGGAACAAGACACACACACUGUGUGUGAGGUGCGGCCGCCGCAGCUUCCACCUCCAGAAGAGCCGCUGCUCGGCCUGUGCUUAUCCUGCUGCUCGCAAGAGGACAUACAACUGGAGUGUGAAGGCCAUUCGCCGAAAGACAACCGGCUCUGGUCGCAUGAGGUAUCUCCGCAAUGUGCCUCGCAGAUUCAAGACCAACUUCAGAGAAGGUACUGAAGCAGCGCCAAGGAAGAAGGCAGCUGCUGCAUCUGCGUAAUUCAGUGUACUUUCUUCCCUUGGUAUUUUUAUUGUACUCCAGAACAAAUGAAUUUUGAAAGCCGUUUUAAGGCAGUUUUGCCAAUUGGAAUUCUUAGUUUAUUUCUACUUAUGUUGAUGUACUUUGUUUUGAAUUUUGAUACGGACAUCUGAAAGUCUAAUUUGCUUCAAGUAUUUCAUCUUA